AUGAUUACUGACGAGCAACUGAACACAUUGGCGAUCGCCUUUGGAGUCAUUAUGGUGACUUUGAUCGUUGUUUACCAUGCAAUUUUUUCCAGCACAAGACAAACAGCUGUCAAAGAGGCCUGA